GGAUGAGGAGCAGAGCGACAACGACGACGAGGUUUUUCUUUCCUUCCUCUGCCGAUUCCACGUCCUACGUCAAUUGAAAGAUGGGUAAGGUUCACGGAUCUCUCGCUCGUGCCGGUAAGGUAAAGGGUCAAACCCCCAAGGUUGAGAAGCAAGAAAAGAAGAAGAAGAAGACUGGCCGUGCGAAGAAGAGGAUUCUCUACAACCGCCGCUUCGUCAACGCCGUUGCUACCUUUGGCAAGCGGAAGAUGAACCCAUCCCCCAACUCCAAAUAAGCUCCUUUCACCCAUCGCAGCUCAUCCGUACCUAUGCUCCACAUGCGUUUCAGUAUGCUGGUCUAAACCUGUUGGGGUUUUGGAGGGAUCGUGGAGAAUGGGGCCUGGUCUCUGUAAUAGUCCCUUGCAAAUACAUGGAUUCUUAAAAUUUCUGUUGUCACCAA